UAGGGGUCAGGGCUGCAUUGGCCAAUCGGAAGGUUUGUUUUCAUUUAGGAAAAUUAUGAUUGGCAACAUCGCUCUGUUUUAUGUUUACCGUUUCCCGCACGUGUAAAUGGGGGCGGUUUAAAUCACAAUAGCAGAAGAGCAGACUGAACAUGGGAAAACUAACUGGUGUUAAAAUGAUUGUCCUUGCAAUUUUACUUAUGGUUUGUGGCUUAUCUGGAGCUAUAAAGAAAGGUGAUGAUCUUGUUAAAAACCGUAGUUUUUCUAUCGACUAUGUGAAUAAUCAGUUUGUCAAAGAUGGCGAACCUUUUCGCUAUGUUUCUGGAGCUAUGCAUUAUUUCCGUGUGCCAGUCCAUUACUGGCCUGACCGAAUGAGAAAAAUGAGAGCUGCUGGUUUAAAUGCCCUGGAAACAUAUGUGGAAUGGGCAUCUCAUGAGCCACAACCAGGAGUGUAUGCAUUUGAAGGGAAUUUGGAUAUUGAGUAUUAUUUUGAGUUGGCCCAACAUUUCAACCUAAGUGUCAUUUUGAGACCAGGCCCAUUCAUUGAUGCUGAAAGAGACAUGGGAGGAUUACCAUUCUGGCUUCUGUCAGUUGACCCAUCAAUUAAACUAAGAACCAGUGAUAAAAGUUAUGUGACCCAUGUUGAGAAAUGGUUCUCUGUUCUUCUGUCUAAAAUCAAGCCUUACCUCUACAACAAUGGAGGCCCCAUCAUUACCGUUCAAGUUGAAAAUGAAUAUGGAAGCUAUUCGCCAUGUGACAGAGACUACACCAGUUGGCUAAGAGAUUUCAUCCUACAGCAUCUUGGAAAAGAUGUUGUACUCUUCUCUACUGAUGGCGAUGGAGAUGGUUAUCUGCAGUGCGGUAAAAUACCGGGAGUCUACGCUACUGUAGAUUUUGGAGCUGGCUCCAAUGCGGUCGAAUCUUUUAAGCCACAGCGUCAUUUUGAGCUGGCUGGGCCAAGAGUGAAUUCCGAGUUUUACCCUGGUUGGUUAGAUAUGUGGGGAGAGCCUCAUUCGACAGUUGACAAGGAAGAUGUUGUCAAAACCCUAGACGAUAUGCUUGCUAUCAAUGCGUCAGUCUCGAUGUACAUGUUUCACGGAGGUACUUCAUUCGGGUUUACAUCAGGGGCGUUACCAUCAAAUACUUACACACCUUGCAUUACGUCGUAUGAUUACGAUGCACCCCUUUCCGAAGCUGGAGAUCCAACUGAAAAAUAUUUUAGCAUAAGAAAGGUUAUAUCCAAGUAUUUGCCUUUACCUGAUUUUCCCGUUCCUGUUGCCAGCCCUAAGGCAGCGUACGGUCAUGUCCACUUGCAUUACGUUGCCAACCUGUGGGAUUUGUUAUCGACUCCAAUCGCUGGACGUCCCCUGCAAUCUACCUACCCCAUGACAUUCGAAUCAUUGGGACAAGCAAACGGCUAUGUUUUGUACUGCACCCAAUUACGUGGCCAUUUUCCAGACCCGGCGCUUUUAGAAGUUAAGGGAUUGGCCGAUCGGGCGUAUCUCUACAUUGACAUGGAAUUUGGGGGAGUUUUAUCUCGAAGCGGAUCACUCUUUUCGAUUCUAGUCCAGGCGACCGAUAACCAGAACCUCUGUCUGUUGGUGGAAAACCAAGGAAGAAUAGCCUACGGCACCGGAAUAAAAGAUUUCAAGGGACUAACAAGCAACGUGACACUUAAUGGUCAUAUCCUGUCGAGCUGGACUCAUCAUCCUUUGCCUUUUAAUGAAACUGGGAGUUUGGAAUGGUUGAACAAAAUUGAAAAGAAACGCGGAACUCCAAUGAAAGGAACGAUGUCAUUAUUUACUGGAUCCUUUGCAAUCCAGCGCAAUGAGUCCGAUUUGGCGGAUACUUUUCUCAAUUUAUCAGGAUGGCACAAGGGUGUUGCUUUCUUGAACGGCAUCAAUCUUGGGCGGUACUGGCCAGUUCAAGGUCCACAGGUGACAUUGUACGUUCCGAAACACUUUCUAAAAGCCUGGCCGGCCAAGAACCGACUAAUAUUGCUGGAACAGGAUCGGUCACCUUGUGAAAAGAACGAGCUGGGCUGCACAGUCGAGUUUGUCGCCCAUCCAGUCUUGAAUGGCGGCACUCCAGUCAAGAAACGCUCAACUAAACUUUUCAAGAAACAUGUCUAAAGUCACUUUCUCCGGUCAAGUCAGGUGUUUGAACUAUAGGCAUUCCAAUUCUUUAAUAGUAGUUAAACCAGUAAAUUCACUGCUGCCCAAAUCUUUCAAACUAUUGGACCAAUCCCAAACUAAAGUUCUGCUAUAUAAUUAUCUACAAUUCAUACAAUAUGUGAUUUGCUCCCGGUCAGAAAUCUUUAAAAACAUUGUACUGUAUACUAUGAUUAAUUUUGGAAAUGCAACUCGUAGUUGGCAA